AUGGCAUCAAAGGAUAGGGAUACCCUUCCCAGCGUGGUCAAACCUGCGCAUUAUGGUAUCUCUCUCUUCGACCUACAGCUCGGUGGCUCGUGGCGCUACAAGGGGGUUGUCAAAGUUACCUCCAAGGUCAAUGGUCUCACCAAGGAAGUAGCACUCAAUUCAAAAGAAAUUGAAGUACAACACGCGGAGGUUCUAGGAUCAAAUGGCGUGCAAUUGGCGAAAUCGUCUGAGAUUACCUACGACCGGAAAUCGGAGCGUGUGAUACUCAAGUUCCCCGAGGAUCUCCCCCAGUCUGAAAUUGUUAUCUCUAUCGCGUUCACCGGCACCAUGAACAAUGCUAUGGCUGGGUUCUACCGCUCAAAGUAUAAGCCCGCCACCGAGCCGACUCCUGAUACGCCCAAGGAAGGAGACUUUCACUAUAUGCUGAGCACUCAGUUUGAGUCUUGUGAUGCUCGCAGGGCAUUCCCUUGCUUCGAUGAGCCGAACCUGAAGGCUACGUUUGAUUUCGAAAUCGAAGUACCCAAAGGUCAAACGGCUAUCAGCAACAUGCCAGUCAAGUCUGAGAGAGAGGGUUGCAAGCCCGAGCUCAAGGUGGUUUCUUUCGACACAACCCCAGUGAUGAGCACCUAUCUCCUGGCCUGGGCGGUUGGUGACUUUGACUACGUUGAGGCCCUUACCGAGCGCAAAUACCAGGGCAAGAGCAUCCCCGUUCGUGUCUACACAACAAAAGGACUCAAAGAACAAGCGCGGUUUGCUCUUGAAUGCGCACAUCGGACUGUUGACUAUUUCUCGGAGGUGUUCGAAAUUGAAUACCCUCUACCUAAGGCAGAUCUCCUAGCAGUUCACGAAUUUGCCAUGGGAGCUAUGGAGAAUUGGGGUCUUGUGACAUACCGCACCACUGCUGUUCUGUUUGACGAGGGCAAAUCAGACACUCGCUAUAAGAAUCGGAUUGCUUACGUCGUAGCGCAUGAACUUGCACACCAGUGGUUCGGCAACCUCGUAACAAUGGAUUGGUGGGAUGAGUUGUGGUUGAAUGAGGGCUUUGCUACUUGGGUUGGGUGGCUUGCUGUCGACCACUUUUAUCCAGAAUGGAAUAUUUGGUCACAGUUUGUGGCUGAAGGUGUUCAACAAGCGUUCCAGCUCGAUUCGUUGCGUGCAUCUCACCCGAUUCAAGUACCCGUCAAAAACGCCCUAGAAGUUGAUCAAAUCUUUGACCACAUCAGCUAUCUCAAGGGGAGCUCUGUCAUUCGCAUGUUAAGCACCCAUCUGGGACGAGAGACUUUCCUUCGUGGCGUGGCCCAGUAUCUUAAGACUCACGCAUAUGGCAAUGCUACUACCAACGAUCUCUGGUCUGCUCUCAGCCAAGCAUCGAGCCAAGACGUUAACAGUUUUAUGGUAAGUGGCGAUCAACCUUACGGAGGUGAUAGGCUCUCUAACAGUAUCUUCGAGGAUCCCUGGAUCCGCAAGAUUGGAUUCCCAGUUGUCACCGUCGCGGAAGAAACGGGCCAAUUGGAAGUUCGCCAAAAUCGCUUCCUCUCGACUGGUGACGCCAAACCCGAGGAAGAUCAGACAACGUGGUGGAUUCCGCUCAAUAUCAAGUCGGGCCCUGAAUUUGCUGCGCAGGAGCCUCGUGCCCUCGUUUCCAGAUCGGACACUGUCCAGGGCAUUGGGCAAGAUUCAUUCUAUAAAAUCAACAAGGAUCUCGCGGGAUUCUAUCGAACCAACUAUUCUCCCAGCAGACUGGAAAAGCUCGGUCAAUCACUAGGCUCUCUAAGCACUGAGGAUAAGAUCGGCUUGAUUGGCGACGCUGCUGCUCUGGCUGUAUCUGGCGAAGGCAGUACCGCGGCAUUGUUGUCUCUUCUGGAGGGUUUCAAGAAUGAAAAAAACUAUUUGUUAGUUACCUUUCCCCUUGCCAUAUUCUAUGGUUUGCGGCCUUUUGUUGAUGUAUCCCCUAGGGUUUGGUCGCAGAUUUCGUCUUCCGUCGGCAACCUACGGUCCGUAUUUUCGCAAAAUGAAGAAGUGGCCGAGGGUCUAAAGGCUUUUGCCCGUGAAUUGUCGUCCACUGCGGCGAACAAGAUAGGCUGGGAGUUCAAGUCCGGCGAGGAUUAUCUCACAGGCCAGCUGCGGAAACUCUUGAUUGCGAUGUCAGGUCUUGCAGGAAACGAAAGAAUUGUUUCCGAAGCCAAGAACCGCUUUGAGCUUUGGGCAACCGCAAAGGACCAGAGUGCUAUCCACACAAAUCUCCGCUCCACGAUCUUCAGUAUUGCUGUAUCUGACGGUACCAAGGCCGAGUACGACUCGGUAAAAAAUGAAUACCUCAGUACCGAUUCCGUCGAUGGCAAGGAAAUCUGCUUGGGUGCACUUGGACGCACGAAGGAUGCUGCACUGGUCAAUGAUUACCUUGACUUUGUGUUUUCGGACAAAGUUGCCAUUCAGGACGUGCACAAUGGGGCAGUCUCCUUAGCUGCCAACACCAAAGUUCGCCACCUACUGUGGGAAUAUUUGAAGAAGAACUGGGACGCCAUUGAAGCGCGCCUCUCAGCGAACAAUGUUGUUUUCGAGCGCUUCGUGCGAAUGGGCUUCUCAAAGUUUGCGGAUCGCAAGACAGGCGCGGAUAUCGCUUCCUUCUUCCAAGACAAGGAUACCAAUGCAUACGAUCGCGCCUUGGUGAUUGUGGCAGACAGUAUUCGAACCAACGCUAAUUACAAAGAAAGGGACGAGAAGCAGGUCCUGAAAUGGCUUCAGGAGCAUGGCUAUGCUUGA